AUGGCCGCCAAGCUAGCAAAGGACCUCAGCCUGAAGGGCUCCUCCACCACUUUGCCGAAGCUCGUCUACGGCACUGCCUGGAAAAAAGACCGCAGCGCAGAUCUUGUCUACACGGCUCUGAAGAAUGGGUUCAGGGGCAUUGACACGGCUGGGCAGCCCAAGCACUACAAUGAAAAGGGCGUGGGUCAAGGCGUCCAGAGAGCCAUUGGCGAUGGCAUCAUCACUCGCGAUGCUCUCUUCAUCCAAACCAAGUUCUCCCCACCAGGAAACCAGGGCGAAGAUGCCCCCUAUGAUCUCAACGCACCGCUCGUCGACAAGGUUCACCAGUCGGUUCAGUCAUCGCUCGCCUUCUUCACCAUUGAGGGCCAGGAGCCGUACCUCGACAGUGUACUCUUGCACAGCCCUCUUCGAACCAUCGAAGAAACCAUCACUGCCUGGAAGACGCUUGAAACCUAUGUCCCCCACAAGAUCCGUAACCUGGGCAUAUCCAACACCAGCCUUCCUAUCCUCCAGGCUCUCAACGAUGCAGCCACCAUCAAGCCGAGUGUCGUGCAGAACCGCUUCUAUCGGGACACUGGCUUUGAGACAGAGCUCCGAGCUUAUUGUAGACAGCAAAGUAUCAUCUUCCAGUCAUUCUGGACCUUCAGUGCCAACCCACGGCUCGCAGCAUCCAAGCCGGUCAAGACAGUUGCAGAAGGGGCGGGAGUCCCACAAGUGCCUGCGUACUACGCCUUGGUCCUUGGUCUCGAGGGGGUCACGGUAUUGGAUGGAACAACGACUGAAGAUCACAUGAAGGACGAUCUCGAGGGUAUCCCACGGGUGGCCUCCUGGGCUGAGGGGGAUGGUGCAGCAACUUGGGCAUCUGCACUGGCCGAAUUCAAACAGACUAUUGGGGAGGCGUGA